UUUGGUUAUAACGUUGUCAUUUGUAGAAUGUACUGUGGUUUGAUCACACGCACCAAAAAAAAAAGUGCAUCCAAUUUCCGAUUGAAAACCUUUUAGAGCAUUGGAUUCCCAUUCCAGGUAUUUCCCUUGUCCUUUUGAACCUCUUCUCUUCUUCACUUCACACUUUUCACUGCCCUUUCUCUCCCAUUCACAUUUUCAUACAAACAAAGAAGCACAUGGCCGAUAAAACUCCAUCCCAAGCUCCCCCUCCGGCAGUAACCGAGUCUGGUUCACCAGCUGUUGCAGAAAAACAAGACCCUCCCCCGGCAUCUCCUGUUGCAGCUGCAUAUGUUUCUGUUUCAGAAUCUAUUUCAACGGCUAUAUCGGAAAAAGAAGAGCUGACACCGGAACCCGAACCCGUAAAAUUGGAAUCUGAUUCAAUGGAUAUAGGCGAAAAAGAAGAGCUGCCUCCACCGCCACCACCGCAACCAGUGGAGUCUGUAUCUGAACCACCAUCUGUUACAGAGAAACCAGAGGAAGAAGAGCCACCAAAUCCUGCAGCAGCAACUGUAUUGGUGUCGGAAUCCGAGCUGAUGCAACCACCUGCAACGCCACCUCAGGAGCUGGUUACGGAGUCGAAGUCGCUGGCAGCGGUGAUGGACAAAGAGGAGGCAGGAGCACUAGAGGCUACUGUUUCUAGUACUGCAGUAACUAGUGCUCAUGAAGAGGUGGCCGCUGUUAUUGAAGAGAAAAAGAUUCCUCAAAUUUUGGGUUCUUUCAAAGAAGAAAGUAACAAAGUGGCUGAUCUAUCCGAUUUCGAAAGAAAAGCUCUGGAGGAACUGAAGCAGUUUGUUCAAGAAGCUAUAGAUACUAACCUUUUCACUUCAGAAACCAAAAGUGAAGAAAACCCAGAAAAGGAAAAGAAAGGAGAACCAAAAGAGGUUUCCAUUUGGGGUAUCCCUCUUUUAAAAGAUGAUAGGAGUGAUGUCAUCUUUUUGAAGUUUUUAAGGGCGAGAGAUUUUAAAGUGAAGGAUGCGUUUGUAAUGAUCAAAAACACGAUCCAGUGGAGGAAAGAGUUUGGAAUCGAUGAGCUUUUGGAUGAAGAUCUUGGUGAUGAUAUGGAGAAAGUUGUGUUCAUGCAUGGACAAGAUAGGGAAGGGCAUCCUGUUUGUUACAAUGUCUACGGGGAGUUUCAGAAUAAAGAUUUGUACCAAAAAGCGUUUUCCGAUGAGGAGAAGCGAAUGAAGUUUCUGCGUUGGCGUAUUCAGUUCUUGGAGAAGAGUAUAAGAAAGCUUGAUUUUAGUCCUGAUGGUGUUUCCACUAUUUUCCAGGUCAGUGACCUCAAGAAUUCCCCUGGACCUGGAAAACGGGAACUUAGGUUGGCAACAAAACAGGCUCUUCAGUUCCUUCAGGACAAUUAUCCGGAGUUUGUUGCAAAACAGGUGUUUAUUAAUGUUCCUUGGUGGUAUCUCGCAUUCUAUACAAUGAUUAGUCCAUUCAUGACUCAAAGAACCAAAAGCAAGUUUGUUUUUGCUGGGCCUGCAAAAUCUGCUGAAACGCUUUUCAAAUACAUAUCACCUGAGCUAGUCCCAAUUCAAUAUGGUGGUUUGAGUGUGGAUUACUGUGAUUGCAAUCCUGAAUUUAGCGAUGCUGAUCCUGCCACUGAGAUGACUGUGAAACCAGGGACAAAGCAAACUGUUGAAAUAACAAUCUAUGAGAAAUGUGUUAUUGUUUGGGAAAUCAGGGUGGUUGGUUGGGAAGUGAGCUAUGGAGCUGAAUUUAUGCCUAAUGCUAAAGAUAGCUAUACAGUCAUCAUUCAGAAAUCCACAAAGAUGACUUCAAAAGAUGAACCAGUUAUGUCUCAAAGCUUCAAAGUCGGUGAACUGGGUAAAGUUUUGCUUGUCAUUGACAACCCAACUUCGAAAAAGAAGAAGCUUCUCUACAGGUUUAAGGUUAAACCCUUCUGUGACUGAGGGUAUUAUUCUCACUUUGAAACUUGAAUAUGGAAAUUUAAUUUAUUCUUCUCUAAUUUGUGGGCAAUUCACUUUUUCAUUUUUUUUUUCUGUUCUAUCCUUGUGAGGAGCAUGGCUGACAGCAAGUUGCUCAUGGUUUUGAAUUUUGUUUUUGGCAUGUGGGGUUUUGCAAAGAUAUAGAUGUGUUGUUCAUUGAGCAACAACAGAAACUUCAGUGAAGGGUGGAGAGAAUGUGGCUGUAAAACUUGUUAUGUACCCAAUUGUUUUCUGGUGUUUUGCACUGUAUAUUUUCUUCUGUAUCAUGUCUGUAUUUUGGAACCUUUUAUACUCUUGUAGAUUAGGCAGAACACAAGUUAUUGUUUGGUUUAUGUAAACCUUCAGAUUUCAUAUUUCUGUUUGAUAGUAUUAAUUUUGGGUUAAUAUUACUUUUAAUGAUUUGGUACCUAAAAACAAAAAAAAUUUUACGAUGAGAUGUCUAAAUUUUAUUUCCGUCAAAAGUUGCAGUAUUGAUUUUACACUGUUACUCAAAUGUUGAUAUAACAAGUACUGGCC